AUGGGUCGAAAGGGUAAAAGGCAUUCUACUAGGAAUCAAAAUUCUAAUCCCCAUGGAAAGCUCGAGAUUGCCAAGUUAUUAGACACUAGAAGGGCUCACCACAAGGAAUCCGGUAAGGAGACUACCAAACAUGAAUCUACUCUAGAGAAACAGUUCGAACCGUUAUUCGAAAAAUUCCAAAUACCUCAGGAUAGUUCUUCGAGCCAAGUAGUUGUAUAUGAUGAUGAAGCUGAACCAGGAGAAGUACCACCUAUGGUAGAAGAGGUUGAUGAAGAUGAGAAUAAUCAAAAAGAUCGACUUUUAUCCAAAAGAAAACUACGAAAGGUUUCUAAACCGACAUUAUAUGAGUUGAAAAAAUCAGUACCGUAUCCUCAGGUUAUUGAAUGGUACGAUCGUGAUUCUCAAUAUCCUUACCUCCAAGCGUCAAUUAAAUCUUCAAAGAAUAUGGUUCCGGUGCCAUCACAUUGGCAAAACAAGAAGGAGUACUUGUCAGGACGCUCACUAUUGGAGAAGAGACCAUUUGAACUACCAGAAAUCAUCAAGGAGACUGAUAUCGAACAGAUGAGACAGGUUAUGCCAGAUGAGACGAAAGAUUCAACUCUUAAGGAAACCGCUAGGGCAAGAGUUCAACCAAAGGUAGGUACACUUGACAUAGAUUACAAAAAGCUUCAUGACGUUUUCUUCAAAUUAGGCACCAAUUGGAAACCUGAUGUUUUGCUACCCUUUGGUGAUUUAUACUAUGAAGGUAGGAAUCUUUAUGAAGAGGCACAAUGGAAGAAAUUGGUUAGAGACAAGAAGCCAGGUAAAAUUAGUGCUGAAUUAAGAUCAAUCAUGAACUUAGGUGAAGGUCAAUUACCUCCAUGGUGUAUGAAGAUGAAAAAUGCUGGAAUGCCGCCCAGUUAUCCAAAUUUAAAGGUAGCAGGUCUGAAUUGGGGGAUCGAAAACUUGAAGGGAGAUACUUAUGGUACAUUAUCGACACAGCAAGGAACUAAGGAUAAAACCAAGUAUUUUGGCCAAAUGAUCUUAUUAGAUGAACCGGAACAAGAAGAGAUCGAAGAUCAAUCAGAAGGGCUUGUCUAUCAAGAUGAUGCUGCAAAGGUCGAGCAGAAAGAUAAUAACACUCAGGCCAUUGAAGCACCCAUUGAAAUUGAACCACAGGAAGCCAGUAAGGAACCAGAUGAAGCUCCUCGUCCACUAUUUACUAUAAUGAAAGAAAAAAAAUCCGAUACUGCUUCAGAUACUACGGGUUCUAGGACCAUAUAUGCUAUAUCAAAUAACGAUAAGGAAGCUGAAGAGCCGUCCAAGUCUAAACAAGAUUCGAAUGAGGAGGACAGACAAGAUCACAUUGAAAAUUUUAAAUUUUAA